AUGCCUCCAACACUGGCCCAGAGGCUGUGGGAGCCCGACGACGGCGUGGUCCUUGCCUUCCUUGCCCGCCUUGCUCGCCUGCGUCUGCAGUCAGCACUGCAUCUUGAUGGCCAGCAGCUCCUGGCAAAAGAGGAGAGAAAUGUCCCUGACAACAGCAGAGGACCCACAGCAGGAGCCAGAGGUUCCCUGUGCCUACGAGACUGGCUGGUGGCACAGAUUGAGAGUGGGUGCUACCCAGGGUUGCACUGGGAGGACACAGGCAAGACCCUCUUCCACAGCCCCUGGAAGCACAUAGCCAAGCAGUGCUACCAGGUCCAGAAGGACACAGUGCUCUUCAGGGCCUGGGCUGUGUACAAGGGCAAGCACCUGGAGGACACCAACAGGGAGGACCUCUCCACUGCGCUCCACUGCGCCCUCAACAAGAGUGCUGACUUCUGCAAGGUGUGUGAGUGCAGCCAGCUGGACGUCUCCAACCCCUACAAGGUCUACAGGAUUGUGCCUAGCAAUGCUGUUGGCCCAGUUGCUGAGGCCUGUGCUCCCUUUGAAGAGUGGGGCAUUCCCUCCAGCCAGCAGGAGCCCCCUGGAGAAGCGACUGAGCCUACCUGUGGGGCAGACCAGGAUGGCUCCAGAUUAAUCACAGAAGAUGAGGACAAGGAGCAGCCACACAGGCUGGCCCAGCGAGGCUCAUUGCCACCAGCUGCCCUCUUCCCAGGCCCUUUGGCUGAUCACAGGUACUAUGCAGGGAACCCCAAACACCCCUGGAGAGUGAUGCCCUCUGAGCACUACAGCAACCCUGGCUGCUGGCUGCACGUGCAAGUCUUCUACCGCUCGGCGCUGGUGCAGGAAGCCACCGCGCGCACCGCCGAGGGCUGCAGUCAGAGCCCGAGAGCAGCCGCGGCCGCCGCCUUCGCCGAACGCCUGCUGGAGCCAUCACCACCUGUCGCCCAAGUUUGUUUCCCAGAGCCGCCGCCCGGCGCCCACGUGCUGCAGCGCCUGCUGUGGCACCUAGAGCGCGGCUUGCGGCUGUGGGUGGCGCCCGAGGGCGUGUUCGCCAAGCGCCUGUGCGAGGGCCUGGUGUAUUGGCGUGGCCGGCUCGCCCCGCACCGCGCGCAGCCCAACAAGCUGGAGCGCCAGAGCACCUGCCAGCUGCCUGACACGCGCUGAUUCCUGGAAGAACUAUGCGCCCAUCUGCAGGAUGGCCACUCGGAGCCAGAGUACCAGAUCCAUCUGUGCUUUGGCGAAGAGUACUCGGUCCCUCUGGACCAGCCGGAAGAGCGGCUGGUCACGGCCCACGUGGAGCCAGUCUUCACCAGAGAGCUCCUCCUGCACUCCAAGGGCUUGGGCUCCUGCCGCCUGCUGGGUUCUUCACAUGGCAUUCCCCAUGGCAUCACCCACCUUCUGACAAAGCCCAGUCAGCCCUAA